AUGGAUGUUGAUGAGUUGAGGGGCAGCGUGGAGGUUGAUGGUGGCCAACGUGUGAGCAAUGUGGAGCUGCGUGCAGGCGUGGAGAAGUGGGCUGCUACUCUGCAAGAGGUGCUGCGACAACAAGGCCUCGCUGCUGCCCCGUGCGACGCCCGCGUCCGUGUUGCCGUUGUUGGAUCCGUGGACAUGAGCGUGAUCUUGGCCAUCUUGGCGGUGUGGAAGGCUGGCCACUCUGCGGUUCCCAUCGCCGCCUCGACACCUUGGCCGCGUGCCGCGUGCUGCUUGGAGCUGUGCUCCAUCGUCCUUGUUGCCGGCAGUGCCGGGGCUCGCUGUGGGUGGCUCGCCCACAUGGACCUGCUGCUGGACGCACUGCCUCAGCAGCUGGGCGCCAGCGCACGCCUCUACUGCAGCAACACAACCGCCUCACCACCGCCGCCCAUCCCUGAUGAGCUCCACGUGUACCACACGUCCGGAACCACUGGCAGGCCAAAGCCUGUUGUGUGCACAGUGGGCGCUAUGAUGCACUAUGUAAACGCACACGCGAGUGCGCACGGGUACGACAGCAGUGCCCGCGUCCUCGUGGCUUCUGCUCUCUCCUUUGACCCAUUUGUUGGCGAGGUCAUUACCACGCUGGUGACUGGAGGCACGCUUGUUGUUGUGCCGCGCGAUGUGUUGCUGCAAGACAUGCAGGGCGCCAUCGCCCGCCACCGCAUAACCCACGUCAUGACCACACCUUCCAUCUGGUCCUUUGUCCAGCCGCCACCAACACCUCAACACCCAACACGCCAGCCAACACAGCCAACAUCACCAACACCAGGACACGCACCACCCACAGCGUCCUGCCCACCGUCAUUCCCCCUGCACCUGCGUGCUGUGAUGCUCGGCGGUGAACCCCUAUCGCCAGCCAUCAUCAGCACGUGGUGUGACCAGGUUGCCCUGUACAACGUGUACGGCACCACGGAAGGCACCGUGUACCAGUUCUCGCACCGCUGCACGCGUACACAGCAGGAAGCAGCUUGCAUUGGUCGCCCAUUGGACGGCGUGGAUGCCUUUCUCCUUCCCACUCAGGCGGAGGAGUACGACGAGGAUGAGCAGGCAGAGGAUAGCGACAGCAGUCACGGCUGCCUGCGUUGGUCACCAUACGACCCCUCGGUCACACAGGGCGUGCUGGCUGUGGGCGGCCUGCAACUUGGCGCCUACCUGUCUCCCACACAUCCUACAUCAUGCACUGACUCUACCCAUGACAUGAUCAGCCCUACUGCUGCUGCUGAUCGCACAACAGUUGACAGCCAUCCUGAGCACGCAUUGCGCGGUGGCGUUGCCGCACCUGCCACCUGUACACAUGUGAACAGCAGCGACGACAGCGCAUCUUCAGCCAAGCACAUGCCUGAACAGGCAAUACAGCUUCAACCUGCGUCGUUGCCAACACCACUUCCGCGUCUCCCUGCUCGCGUGCCAUCAACGUGCUCUGGCUUCUUCGAUCUGCAUGGCCGCCGCGUGUAUGUGACUGGCGAUAUUGUCCGGCGAUCCAAAACGCCAGGGCCAAGCCGUUUUGUCUACGUUGGCCGCAAUGACGACCAGGUUAAAGUGAGUGGGCAACGGGUAUCGCUUGUUGACAUUGAUAUGACCAUCCGGGCAUGUCCUCUCGUCGAAUCGUGCAAAUGCAUCUUUGCCAAUCGGAUGCUUCAGCUGCAUGUAUGCAUCAGGCAAAGUUGCGACGAUCCCAUCGCCGAUGCCAGCAGCAAGGGUGCCGUGUCUUGCUGGACCAAGGCGACAUGGCACGCGCUCGCCGCUCUGCGGCUGUGGAUUUCCGCCCACUUGCCUGCACACAUGGUGCCUGCAAGCAUCCACGCGUGGCCAUCGGCGCUCCCGCGAACACCCAACGACAAGAUCGACACCCGUGCACUGCAGCGUCACCACGAGGCCACCAUCCAGCGCCACCUGCUCAUCGUCAUCCUCACCAUCAUCUUCACCACCACCUCUCCCAUCAUCAUCAUCAUCACCACCACCAUCAUUGGCGGGUGUGGAUGA